AUUGCGCUCUUUUCUCGCUAAUUUUUUUUUUUGGCUCCAACGCUCUCAGUUCUUCGUCUCUCUCUUCUUUCGCGCACGUUCCUAUACUAUGGAGGAUGGUAGCAAUCAGGUUGCUGAAGAUUAUUCAGUUGCAUUUGGGGAUAUGAUUUAUGUCAAGCUUCCUCGCAGUGGUUUCUGGUGGCCUGCUCAGGUUGUUGAUGAUGGGGCUGUGGUUUCGAGCUUGAAACCUAGGAGUUGUCGGAAGGGGGAGGUUCUUGUUCGGGUUUAUGGAAGCCAUUUGUUCUUGAAUGUGGAUCCGGUUAAAUCUUGUUAUGAGUUUGAGACGAUUCUCAAGAAUAAUAAUGGGGAUCUCCAAAAAAUACUCGGCGAAGGUCUUGAAAAGAGCCUUCCUAGCUCAAAGAGACCUGCAUCGAAGGCUAAAGCCGGAACUCCAAGUAAGAAGGCUAGUAGUAGCAAAAAACAGUCAAACAAGAAAGGCGAGGAGCAGACCAAAGUCAAGCGCCAAAAACAAAAUGAGUCAAAGGAAGAUGAUCUGGGCAGUCCAAGUUGUGAAACAGCCACCGGGAAGCUCCAAGAGUUGAGUUCCCGAAGGAUUAGAGUGAUGCAAAGCCUUGGUCUCAGUGCUCCAACUGGUUCACCAUUCAUCAAAGUUAGGGGUAAUUGAAAAAAAAACUCCAUGUUUGCGAGGAUGGAGAAGUGUUGUUGGCAUGUGGAGAACUUGUGUAAUGCAUUCUCUUGUAAUAGGACAUGUUCAUUUAGUCAAAUACUUUGUUAAGGGUUGUUUAAUCUGUAGUUUUGAAAUUUCUUCUUCAAGCACAUGGAGCCAAUCGUCAUUUAAGACGAAAAUGUGCAGUAAAAUUUAUGAGUCAUUGA